AUGAUUCUUACCGCGGAGGCCGACGAGAUAACGACCGUCAUAGAGACCGCAGGAGGUCACGCGAUAGAUACGCCGAACCUGAUCGUUCUUUGGACAGACGGCGACCCCGCGACGGCGAUAGAGACAAUCGCCCGAGACGGGACGACUCUAGAGAUCGAACUCGCGCAAGGCGAGAGGGAACUGCUGACUCCCGUCCUCGCAGCAGGCGCGACGACAGCCGCCCACGCCCUGCGGCGCCUCCAGAGAGUGCCAGUAUCCCCGGCUGCCAAGCUCAAGCCCACCCCAGCUCAGACCGAAGCUGACAAGAAGGCCGAGCGACUCGCCCGACUCGAGGCGUGGAAGAAGAGCAGGGAGAGCAAGGCCAAUAAAGAGAAUGAGGUUAAUCCGAGUCAGACUAGAAAUCUCCUUGCGGAGAUGGACAAGAAGUCCGUGCCGUCUCCGGCCGCUGCUUCACCAUCUGUCGCCUCGCCCACUAUUGCAUCCCCUGCCGUUGUAUCCCCUGGAGUGGCAUCGCCUGCGCCGACUCAGACCACCGCGUCAGGAGCUGCAUCCCCGGCCCCUUUUGCGGGUAAGUUUGACCCCAAAGCUAUCGCGAAGAAGUCGGCAGCGUCGCACAAGAAUGCCGGUACAAACGGUGUAUUGGGCUCGCUCGAGGGCCGUCCUGAAAAGCCAACUGCUCCCCUCGCACCUAUCACAAAAGCUUCGGCAUUGCCCGCCAACCGCAACUUGAGUACUUUUGGCUUCAGCAAGGCAGCAGCUGACAGCGAGAAGCUUGCAAACAAGCGGAAGCUGGACCUCGAUGAGGAGGAGGGGACGAAAAGAAAACUUACGAAGUUGCCCGCACUCCCCCUCGAGGCUGAUGACACCCCCUAUGCUGAUCAAGACGAGGACGACGAGUCUGAUGGUGGCAAUUUCGCCGGAACUGAGGAGGAGGCUGCUGCCGCCGCACGUGCAGCACACGAACGGCGUGAGAGAGAGCUUCAAGAAGCGCAAGAAGAAGCAAAGGCCGACCUCGACAUGCAAGACGCUGCACCACCUCCGGACACCAACGGCACUGCCGAGGAUUCUCAAGCCGACCAGAUGGAUGUCGAAGAGGAAGACGAUGUUGAUCCUUUGGAUGCAUUCAUGGCCGAUUUGUCAGACACCAAAGCCCAACCCACGGUUCUCCAGGCAAGUACAUCAUCGAAGAAGGUCCAAGAGCCAGAGGCGUACUUCAGUGACGAUGACUACGCUUUGAAGACAGAAGAUGGCAAAGACCCCAACGCAGUUCUAGCCAUGGCAGCGAAACGCAAGAAGAAGGAUAUCCCGACAGUAGACUAUAGCAAGCUCGACCUGCACCCUAUUCGCAAGAAUUUCUGGGUCGAACCUGCGGAGCUUGCGGCUCUGACUGAGGAAGAAGCCAAUGAGCUCCGUUUGGAACUUGACGGCAUCAAAGUCUCCGGCAAGAACAUCCCGAAACCCGUCCAAAAAUGGGCGCAGUGCGGGUUGACACGCCGCACUCUGGAUGUCCUCGCAGACAUGGGAUUCGAUAAACCCACUUCCAUUCAAAUGCAGGCUCUCCCUGUCAUCAUGUCAGGCCGCGAUGUUGUCGGUGUUGCCAAGACUGGAUCGGGUAAAACGCUUGCCUUUCUUCUCCCAAUGUUCCGUCAUAUCAUGGACCAGCCCCCUCUCAAGGACACUGACGGCCCUAUUGGCCUAAUCAUGACACCAACUCGUGAAUUGGCUGUCCAGAUUCAUCGCGACUGCAAGCCUUUCUUGAAGGCAAUGGGCCUGCGAUCUGUCUGUGCUUAUGGUGGAGCACCCAUCAGAGAACAGAUUGCCGAGCUCAAGCGCGGCGCGGAAAUUGUCGUAUGCACACCCGGCCGUAUGAUCGAUCUGCUCGCCGCCAACCAGGGUCGCGUCACGAAUCUGCGUCGUGUGACAUAUGCUGUGCUUGACGAGGCAGAUCGCAUGUUCGAUAUGGGGUUCGAGCCUCAGGUUAUGAAGAUCUUCGCAAACAUUCGACCGGAUCGUCAAACCAUCCUGUUCUCGGCGACGAUGCCCCGUAUCAUCGACUCGUUGACCAAGAAGGUGCUCAAGUCUCCGGUCGAGAUUACGGUUGGAGGCCGCAGUGUUGUCGCGUCAGAUAUCACGCAAAUUGUUGAGAUUGUUCCCGAAGACCAAAAGUUUUACCAUCUGCUGGGACUCCUUGGCGAGCUUUAUGACAAAGACGAAGAUGCGCGCUCCCUUGUUUUUGUUGAACGUCAGGAAAAGGCCGAUGACUUGCUCAAGGAACUCAUGACCAAGGGCUACCCGUGCAUGUCCAUCCACGGUGGCAAAGACCAGGUUGAUAGAGACUCCACCAUCUCAGACUUCAAGAAGGGCAUUGUUCCUAUCCUCAUUGCGACCUCGGUUGCCGCUCGUGGUUUAGACGUUAAGCAGCUCAAGCUGGUCGUUAACUAUGAUUGUCCCUCCCACUCCGAAGACUAUGUCCAUCGUUGCGGACGAACAGGUAGAGCGGGCAACAAGGGUACUGCCGUAACCUACAUCACCGAGGAGCAGGAAAGUUGCGCAUCUGCGGUCGCCAAAGCACUUGAGCAGAGCGGUCAACCUGUACCUGAGCGUCUCGAAGAGAUGCGCAAGGCUUGGAAGGAAAAAGUCAAGUCAGGCAAAGCCAAGGACUCCUCUGGUUUUGGUGGCAAAGGUCUGGACCGAUUGGAUGCUGAGCGCGAAGCUGCCCGUCUCCGUGAGCGCAAGACUCAUAAGGCUGAGGGCGAAGAUGAUGACGUCAAGGAAGAGAAGACCGAGGAGGACAAAGUCAAGAGCUCCGUUACUGAUAUCCAGUCCAAGGUGUCGGCUAUUGUGUCCCGCAACACUAGCAAGCAUGAAGGAGAUGCCAAGGGCAAGGACGCACCGGCCGCCACUGGCAAAGCAGGUCAACCUCUCGACAUGGUCAGUGCAGCGAUCAGGAACAUUAACGAGAGACUCGGCAAAGCUGGUCAGCUUCGUUCGGGCCAGCCCAUCGACAACAAGGGUCCCGACGCUGGUGCCUACCACGCCACGCUCGAGAUCAACGACUUCCCGCAAAAGGCCAGAUGGGCUGUCACGAACAGAACCAACGUUGCCAAGAUCCUGGAGGCCACUGGCGUAUCGAUCACGACCAAGGGAACAUUCUACCCAGCUGGGAAGGAAGUGCCGCCGGGCGCAGACCCUAAGCUGUACAUUCUUGUUGAAGGUGACACUGAGGUUGUGGUAGGAGCUGCCAUGACUGAGCUUACCCGACUCCUCAGCGAAGGGACUGUGGCCGCUGUUACGGCUGACAGCCGUGCUCCUGCCUCCGGACGUUACAAUGUUAUAUAA